AUGUCCGCCAACUUCGGACGUCGGCUUUGCACCCAAUUUUGGGAAUCGACCCAUCCAUUUCUCGGCCGCAUACGACCAAAUCGCAUAUCCGCCGCCGACGCAUCCUCAGCGAAGCUUCUCGACUCGUUCGUGGCUGGUCCGCGGCGGUUCUCCACACCAGCUGGGAAAUCUACCCAAUUAACUAGACGAUUUGCUUCCGGUGGCUUCCUCGUCCUCGUCUCUCCCAGUUCCGCUGCCGCAGAAACUAGUGCGGCGUGCAUCAUAACCUCCAAAACGAUAUCAGCAAGCUAUCUAUGGAAGCGAGCCCUUCAUACACCAAGAGAUAGUCAGCAUACUCCAAGCUCUUCCGAUGGUCAUCAGACCCCGAAAAGCGAUGGUUCUUCCCAAGGUGUCCAAGACACCAACUCCACUACACAAAAUGCUCCUCCGAAGCUGCCACCGCAUGAUCCGCAUCUCGCACGUCCCUCCAACCGCCAUUUAAUGGAUCGCCUACCUCAUAUACCGCAUUUACACCGACCAACAAAAGAGGAGCUUUUGGCAGCAGCGACUGGCUUCUGGUCGCGCCUCAAGGUGCGAUUUAAGUGGUUCUCGAUACGAAGCGUACGACCCUUCAAUCUCGAUGAGAUAACAGCAUUCUUCUCCUGGGUUCUCCUAGGCCAUAUUGUAUGGGUUGUGGUGGGAACGACAACUUUCUUUUCCCUUUUGAUCUUGGCAAUCAACACUGUCUUUGCUCAAGAAACCUUGGCCGGAUGGGUAGGCAACUACCUGACCAAGUCCUCUGGUGUCCAGGUUGUCUUUGAGUCCGCCAUUGUGCCCAAGUGGAAGAAUGGGGUUAUUACAUUCAAAAAUGUCUUUGUUUCAAGGCGGCCAGGUCAAGGUACCGGUCACGUCAGUAAAGGCUCCUCAAAGACUGCCGCCGCAGCCGCCGCAGCCGCAGCCCGAGGCGAGCCCGGGCUUGAGGAUUCACUUGCGUCUGAAGAAGAGGAUACCAAUUACACCCAGUUUGACGUAUCACUUGAAACCGUGAAUGUGACACUGUCUUUCACAAAGUGGUUGAAUGGAAAAGGUCCGUUACGCGACGUGGAAGUCAAGGGAAUCCGAGGUAUUAUCGAUCGUCGGCAUGUUUUCUGGCCGGAAGAAGAUCUUGACCCCAAGUCCUACCGACACGAGCACCACCCCGGUGACUUUGAAAUUGAUUCGUUCAAGAUGCAUGAUGUAUUGGUGACUGUCUAUCAACCUGACAACUUCCGACCAUUUUCUGUCAGCAUAUUCUCUUGCGACCUCCCCCAACUGCGAAAGCAGUGGCUAUUCUACGACUUUUUGUCCGCUAAUAUGAUGUCGGGCUCCUUUGAUAAUUCUCUGUUCACUAUCCACCCGCGUCAAACCAAUGGCUUUACAGGCGGUCGGUGGGAUGAUGGUACCGAGGAGGAUGGCAAACCCAAUCCGUGGAAAAAGCAUAGCAGAAUUCGUGUUGAUGGGCUUAAUGUUGAUCAUCUGAAUCGCGGUGUCCAGGGGCCGUUCUCCUGGAUCCAUGAGGGCACCGUGGACAUUGUAUCCGACAUCAUGUUCCCUGCCGAAAACGAUGAGAGCCUAGCGAAGGUGAUGGCCGAUUUCUAUGAUCGACUCGAAGCCACCAUGACUUCCAACCAUGAUUCAGACUCUCUGAGCCGGCAAGCUGACGUUGAUCUCGAAACUGUUUCCGAGGUUGAUAAGCGAUUCCUAAUGAUGGACCUACGAGUUCAGAUGAACAACGUUCGUGCCGCUGUUCCCAUUUUUACUCGGGAUCUCUCCUAUAUCAACAACGCCCUUAUUCGCCCAAUUGUUGCUUAUAUCAACUCAAAACGUACCUUCAUUCCGAUCAAUUGCCGUCUUGUCAAGCGUGCAUGUGAUUUCGAUGGUAGUUGGACCGUAUUUGACAGUGGGUUGAUGGACGACCUGUCAGCUGCCACCUAUGAUGCCUUCGCUCGGGAUGUUGUGGAUGAUGAAGCCCGCAAACGACGAUUUAAGAAAGUAGGGUUUUGGUCUCUCCAGCUGGCGGCACAGGCCAUCUUCAUGGGAAUGGCGGGCAAUAUCGCAUGA